CAGGUAUACUAUGAUUAAGUGCACUUACUCGAGUCAUUACACCUAAGGAUGGCAGAGUCAUCGGGUGUACUGGCGCUAGCAACUCUGCUGACCACCCUCGCCCUGGGGGCGGGGGCUGGGUUUAGGUGUAACCCCCCGUCUACCACCACUGAGACAAUUUAUGACUAUGUGCUCCCAGACAUCCUGGGGCAGCGAAAUAUCAGUCUAUCUGCCUACAAGGGUAAGGUAGUCAACAUCAUGAAUGUGGCCACCUACUGAGGGUUAAAUAGUAUCCAUUACCUUGGCGUGAAUGCACUUCAAAGCCAGUAUGGAAAAAUGGGUUUCCAGGCCCUGGGAUUCCCUUGUGACCAGUUCCACAAUCAACAGCCCGAGAGUAGUGGGGAGGAAAUUCUGAACGGUCUGAAGUACGUCAGACCGGGGGGAGGAUUCGUACCCAACUUUCAGAUGUUUGGUCUGGUCGAAAUCAACGGCAAGAACGAGCAUCCUCUCUUCACCUUCCUCAAGAAAUACUGCCCUCCCACGAGCGACACAUUUCAGGACGAUAGCUUGUUAUUGUACUCGCCUCUAAAGGUCAGCGACAUCAGGUGGAACUUCGAGCAGUUCCUAAUAGGCAAGGACGGCAAGCCAUACAUGCGAUUCUCGCCGGAAACCGACCCAAUGGCGCUAAAAUCGGAAAUUCAACGCAUGCUCCAGACCAAACCGGAAGCAGAAGAAUCAGAGGGGUUUAGAAAUGGUGUUUGACGGUUGUGUUCCGACAUAUACUUUAGUAUUUUGUCUUGGUUUAGAAGUCACUUUGUGUUUUAAUUGUUCAUUUUAUUUCAUUUGAUCAUUAUCUUGUUAUGAAAACUACAGGUAUUUGCUGAAUGAGUUUUCCUUUUAUUACCGAAUGACGGGUUACCAUAAACCAGCACUGCUGAGCGUUAACCUUGAUAUAUAGCAUGACCUUCAACUCUGUGCAUUCCGUUGAAGACUCAUUCCUAUAGUAACUUAACGGAAAGCUAAACAUAACGCAAAUAAAUGUUGUUUUUUCUCAUGAUUUAAA